AUGCCCGAACUUCAAACGUACAAGGGCUAUUAUCUUUGGCACUACGUCCCCUCGAGGGCAGCGGCGGUAGUUUUUCUCUUGCUCUUCCUAGCAGCGACUACAUAUCACACCUGGAAAAUAUGGAAACUAAAGACCUAUUUCUGCAUUUGCUUCGCCAUUGGGGGUUUCUUUGAAUUCAUUGGUUACUGUGCUCGAGCGUCAGCUUACGACAAAACCGGACGGAUGAUGCCCUUUUGCAUCCAGAACGUCUUCAUACUACUCGGUCCAGCCCUUUUCGCUGCCUCAGUAUACAUGGUUUUGGGCAGGAUUAUUAUCGCACUGAAGGGUGAAAGGCUUUCGCUUAUACCCGUCCGCUGGUUAACGAAGGCUUUUGUCACCGGCGAUGUCUUGUCAUUUUUGAUACAGGGCGGUGCUGCUGGCAUGAUGAUCUCCAGUGACCUUGCUAGCACGGGAAAUAAGCUUGUUAUUCUUGGUUUGAUUAUCCAGGUCGUUUUCCUUGGAUUUUUCAUUGCCAGCAUGGUGAUAUUUCAGGUCCGAAUGCAUAGAAACCCAACGCACAAGGCCUUCUCUGAAGAUUUACAAUGGAAGUGGCACCUCAAUACCCUGUACCUAGUCAGCCUGUUGAUCAUGGUCCGGUCUCUAUUCAGGGUUGCAGAAUACGUUAUGGGCAAUGACGGAUACCUGCUACAACAUGAGUGGCCGGCAUAUGUAUUCGACGGGACUCUCAUGUGGAUAGCGAUGGUGACAUUUGGAGCCAGGCUUCCCAGCGACAUAUACGCAGACUCGCAUGUUCCUGAAAGGGUCAAACUGAACGAGAUGGGAGGAAUGGUACGGACCUCUUGA